AUGAAGCUUUCUCUAGUCGUUGCCUGUGCACUGGCAAGCGUUGCCAUCGCUGCCCCUAUUACUGGCGAAAAGAGGGCACCGUCAUACCCCGAGCUUGCCUUGAAUCCAACUCAGGUCACUAGCGCCGAAGGGGUCGACCUAGUUGCUCCACGAAUUGGUGCGUACUCCAUUAAUUAUCUAGAGAGCAGCUGGUAG